GCUGUCGCAAACACUGUCGUGUAUCCGCUUACUUUACGGCAAACAAGAGGAGCUCCAGGUUAAACAGUCGCCACGCAGCGCCGUGCGAGUGAAAAUACUGAAUAAUCAAACCAUUUGAUUGUGGUUUUGAAAAAACAUAGACUUAUUGGCAGCCAGUCCAGGCAGCCGGAGUCCUUAUUUGACCUUAUUACUACUGACCUGCUAAGUUAAAGCUCAUCAGGGAACAGAUCACAUGUGUUUGUCCGAUGUUUGUUGGCUAACAGUAGUGCGCAAAGCUUUUCCUUUAAGUUAGGCAUAUCUUUAAAUGUUUAAUUGAGUAAAAAGGUUUACGAACCUCUGAAGCUAGUCAUGGAUAAGGAGCCAUCAGGACCAUCAAGCCCAGGCUCAAGGAGUGCAGGAGGCUUCGGUGUGUUCGGAUCAUCCUCUGCUGGUCCUCAGUAUUCAAAGCGCGAGCUCGCUGGAGUGCCGUUGACAGGCAUGAGUCCUCUCUCUCCAUACCUUAAUGUGGACCCCAGGUAUCUCCUACAGGACACAGAUGAGUUCAUUUUACCCACUGGAGCAAACAAAACAAGAGGACGCUUUGAACUGGCCUUUUUUACUAUUGGAGGAUGUUGUAUCACAGGUGCUGUUUUUGGGGCUGUAAACGGACUUCGAAUGGGCUUGUCUGAAACCAGAAACAUGGCUUGGUCCAAACCUCGCAAUGUACAGAUCCUGAAUAUGGUGACCCGCCAAGGUGCCACAUUGGCAAAUACAUUGGGUUCAUUAGCUCUGCUGUACAGUGCGUUUGGGGUGAUCAUAGAGAAAGCCAGAGGGGCCGAGGACGACCUCAACACCAUUGCUGCAGGAACCCUGACUGGUGUCCUCUACAAAUCUCCCGGAGGUUUGCGGGGCGCAGCGCGGGGUGGGUUGCUUGGGCUGACGCUUUCUGGACUCUAUGCUCUUUACAAUAACUGGAACCAUCUGAAGGGAAGCUCUCCUACCCGCUACUGAAGCUUCUGUCAAGAAUGACAAAUGAAUCCACAAACAACCAAUUUGUCAAAAUUCCAAACAUGAUUGUUUCUUUCUAAAUUCAGUCCAUUAACUUUAAACAAACCGCACUUUGAGGCUUCAAAUGAAUGACAAUCUCCUAAAAAUAUAUCGUUGGAACUAUUAAAACUUAUUUUAGACAAAAGUUUAACUUAACUGUCCAUAUGAUAGUGUCCAUUAAUGUAACUGAUAGAUUAUCAGAUGUGUGUAAAUAUAACCUAUAAUGGCUUUAGUACCAAAGUCGUUGCUUGUUUUCAGUGUUUCAAAAAUGCAGUCUGUAAUAGAGUUUAAAACAUGUUUGAACGAAACAAACCUUUGCAGUAGAAACAGAUAAUGAGUGUUUACUCAAAUUCAUUGCUAUAUCAUUUGGUAAUUAUGAAAGAAUUAAAUGAUUAUUGGUGUGAAUCACAUUACCAGCACUGUGUUAAAGGACACCAGACUGUAUGUGUAACUAGAAAUGUUUAUCAAUUCUGUUAAAAGUUAAAUAAAUCUGUUCUAUAAAAUCA